AUGUCGUCAACAGCCAGAUCCUCCGCCGCCAUGAACGGCGACCAACCACCGAGUAAGAAGCAGAUGACGAAACACUCUUCUUCGGAGAUCUCGAUUUUCUCUCUUCCUUACGAUUUGAUAUUCAAUAUCUUAGCGCGUGUCUCUAAACUGUACUAUCCAACUCUCUGCCUCGUCUCCAAAAAGAUACGAUCCGUCCUUGCCUCACCGGAGAUUUACAAGAACCGUUCGCUCUUAAACCGCACCGAGAGUUGCCUCUAUCUGUGCUUACGCUACCAUCUAGAUGACAGUCUUGACCCUAACCCACAUUGGUUCGCUCUCUGCAGAAAACCAAACCGAACCCUAACCGACAGGUCAUCAAGGGGACUUGUUUUAAUACCAAUCACAUCUCCAGAUGUGCGUCAUGAGCCAUCUUCGAGCGUUGUGGCCGUUGGGUCUAACAUCUACAAGAUGGGAAGGCAUAGCACGCCCUCUUCGUCUGAAGUCUCGGUCCUUGACUGUCGGUUCAACACGUGGCACAGUGCUCCAAUGAUGCGAGAGAAGAGGAGCUCCUCCGCUGUGAGCGUAGUCGAUGGGAAGAUAUACGUAGCGGGAGGCUGCGAAGAUCUCAAUAACUGUGUGGAGGUGUUUGAUCCAAAGACUCAAACUUGGGGAAAUGUGACCAAUCCUGGCGCGGAGAUACGCCCAUCAUCAGAAGCUAAUUUCGAGAGCUUUGGAGUUGAAGGAAAACUGUACCUCUUUGGUGAUAACCUUAAGUAUGUGAUUUACGAUCCCAAGGAAGCUAGAUGGAACCCGGGUAUGGUUAUGGAUAUGAAUGAUGUGGCUUCUGCAGUUUUAUUUUACCACGGCGUGAUAGGAAAUGUCUUGUUUCUUUGGGAUGAGAGAGAGUUUAAAUGGUUUGACUUUGAGGCAAGUUUAUGGAAGAAGUUGAACGGUGUUGAAGAUUUGCCUGAUCUUGACGGGAAUUUUAAAAUGGUGGAUGUUGGUGGAAAGAUGUAUGUCUUGUGGAACGUUUUUGGGCGUUGUGAAGAGAGAUCUAUUUGGUGUGCUGAGAUUGCGCUUGAGAGGCGCGGAGAUGAGAUGUGGGGGAAUGUCGAGUGGUUUGAUGUCGUGCUCACUACCCACGAGCCAUGUGGCUUGUUCGAUGCCGAUGUUCUUUCUGUUACUGUUUGA